GUCACCAUCAAAUCUUCGGGGGAAGAAACCAAAGUACAAACAGGUGAACUUGGAAGUUCAGUGACUCCACACGUCAAGAAUCCAGCCCGCCAUCUGGGUUUCUUUUCCUUGCAUGGUUUAUUGUAUUGUUAAGUAAGUUAUGUGUGCUCGUUGUCAAAAAAUCCACAGUACAGAAAUUCAGAGUGAAAAGUGAAAAUUCCUCUUUGCCCUCCCGCCAGUACUCCCAGUGACCCCUCAAGAGGGACGGACAGGGACCACUUUGAAGUGUGUCCUUGACCUGUCCUGAGUUCUGAGCGUCAAAGAUGCAUGAAAUACGGCCCGACGAUUUGGUUGGAACUGGUGUUCAUUGCCUUCGUUUUUAAUGAGAUUCACGAAAUAUAUUGUGUUACUAUGUUUCACUAAAUUCUUGAAGGCAGUGGGACUUUUUGAAUCAUAUGAUCUCCUAAAAGCAGUUCACAUCGUUCAGUUCAUUUUUAUAUUAAAGCUUGGGACUGCAUUUCUUAUGGUUUUGUUUCAAAAGCCAUUUUCUUCUGGAAAAAGUAUUACCAGACACCAGUGGAUCAAAAUAUUUAAACAUGCAGUUGCUGGGUGUAUCAUUUCACUCUUGUGGUUUUUUGGCCUCACUCUUUGUGGACCACUAAGGACUUUGCUGCUAUUUGAACACAGUGAUAUUGUUGUCAUCUCCCUACUCAGUGUUUUGUUCACUGGUUCUGGAGGAGGACCAGCAAAGACAAGGGGGGCUGCUUUUUUUAUUAUUGCUGUGAUCUGCCUAUUGCUUUUCGACAAUGAUGAUCUCAUGGCUAAAAUGGCUGAACACCCUGAAGGACAUCAUGACAGUGCUCUAACUCAUAUGCUUUACACAGCCAUUGCCUUCUUAGGUGUGGCAGAUCACAAGGGUGGAGUAUUAUUGCUAGUUCUGGCUUUGUGUUGUAAAGUUGGUUUUCAUACAGCUUCCAGAAAGCUCUCUAUAGAUGUUGGUGGAGCCAAACGUCUUCAAGCUUUAUCCCAUCUUGUUUCUGUGCUUCUCUUGUGUCCAUGGGUCAUUGUUCUUUCUGUGACAACUGAGAGUAAAGUCGAGUCUUGGUUUUCUCUCGUUACACCUUUCACAACGGUUAUCUUUUUUGUCAUGAUCCUGGAUUUCUAUGUCGAUGCCAUUUGUUCAGUCAAAAUAGAAGUUAACAAAUGUGCCCGCUAUGGAUCCUUCACCAUUUUCAUUAGUGCUCUACUUUUUGGAAAUUUUUGGACGCAUCCAAUAACAGAUCAGCUUCGGGCUAUGAACAGAGCAGCACACCAGGAGAGCACUGAACAUGUCCUGUCUGGAGGAGUGGUAGUGAGCGCUAUAUUCUUCAUUUUGUCUGCUAACAUCUUAUCAUCUCCCUCUAAGAGAGGACAGAAAGGUACCCUAAUUGGAUACUCUCCUGAAGGAAUACCUCUUUAUAACUUCAUGGGUGAUGCUUUUCAGCAUAGCUCCCAAUCCAUUCCUAGGUUUAUUAAGGAAUCACUAAAACAGAUUCUCGAGGAGAAUGACUCUAGGCAGAUCUUUUACUUCUUGUGUUUGAAUCUGCUUUUUACCUUUGUGGAAUUAUUUUAUGGCGUGUUGACCAAUAGUCUGGGUCUGAUCUCAGAUGGAUUUCACAUGCUCUUUGACUGCUCUGCUUUGGUCAUGGGACUUUUUGCUGCCCUAAUGAGUAGAUGGAAAGCAACUCGGAUAUUCUCCUAUGGGUAUGGCCGAAUAGAAAUUCUCUCUGGCUUUAUUAAUGGACUUUUUCUAAUGGUAAUAGCUUUCUUUGUGUUUAUGGAGUCAGUGGCUAGAUUAAUUGAUCCUCCGGAACUAGACACACACAUGUUAACACCAGUCUCAGUUGGAGGACUGAUAGUGAACCUUAUUGGUAUCUGUGCCUUUAGCCAUGCCCAUAACCAUACCCACGGAGCUUCUCAAGGAAGCUGUCACUCAUCUGAUCACAGCCAUUCACACCAUAUGCACAGCCACAGUGACCAUGGGCAUGGUCACAGCCAUGGAUCUGCAGGAGGAGGCAUGAAUGCUAACAUGAGGGGUGUAUUUCUACAUGUUUUGGCAGACACACUUGGCAGUGUUGGUGUGAUUGUAUCCACAAUUCUUAUAGAGCAGUUUGGAUGGUUUAUUGCUGAUCCCCUCUGUUCUCUUUUUAUUGCUAUAUUAAUAUUUCUCAGUGUUGUUCCAUUGAUUAAAGAUGCCUGUCAGGUUCUACUUCUGAGACUGCCACCAGAAUAUGAAAAAGAAUUACAUCUUGCUUUAGAAAAGGUACAAAAAAUUGAAGGAUUAAUAUCAUACCGAGACCCUCAUUUUUGGCGUCAUUCUGCCAAUAUUGUGGCAGGAACAAUUCAUAUACAGGUGACAUCUGAUGUGCUGGAACAAAGAAUAGUACAGCAGGUUACAGGAAUACUUAAAGAUGCUGGAGUAAACAAUUUAACAAUUCAAGUGGAAAAAGAGGCAUACUUUCAACAUAUGUCUGGCCUAAGUACUGGAUUUCAUGAUGUCCUGGCUAUGACAAAACAAAUGGAGUCCAUGAAAUACUACAAAGAUGGUACUUACAUCAUGUGAGAUAACCGGGAAUUACCUCUGGAAUGUAAACAAUGAAGAUUAAAUGACUAAGUAUUAGAAUAUUGCCAGAAGGAAGAAAAUUGCACACAAUUGUACAGAAACAUUUUGCCAUAUUUGAAAAAAAAAGAAUUAAAGUUCCCUACUAUUGGAUCAAGGAAUCUUAAAGGAAAUUUAAAUACAAAAUGGAGCAUUCAUUGUUCAAGUAAAAUCAUUAUUUGAAUUAUGUGUAUAACAAGAAUCUUAAAAUUUGAGUGAACAUGAUAUAUCACAUCAUCUUUGAAGAUGAACAUAAAAUGACAGAAUCAAGUGAAGACCAAAAUUACUUCUGUGUUUACUUUGUGCCAGAAAGCAUCUCCAUUGUAAAUAAUGUAUGUACAUGUUUAUUACAAAGACCCAAAUGAAAAAUUUUAGUCGAUUUUUUUGCAUAGCCCUAGGAUAAAAAAAGAAUGAAAGUUCUAUAUUUAUGGAUUUUCUGUAUAUAAAACUAGUUUCUAAUUAAAACUUAAAUCCAUUAAGUAAAAUCUGUAUUGCCACUUUAAAUGUAAAUUAAAUUAUUUGGGAGAAACUUCAACCACUGAUAAUGAGACAAGCAGUGAGAAUAGGGAAGUAUAACUACAGUUUUUGAUGUAUUACAAAAACCAACCACUCUGUAAAAUAAAUUUUUUUUUACUUUUGGUAAUAUUUGCAAAUGAAUAUUACUUUAUUAGGGUGAAGAACUUAUACUAAGUUGUGUCCAUGUUAUUCACUCACUUGUCUUCUGCCUCUAAAGUAGAAUACUACAUUUCUUAUUAUGCAUCUGGCAUUCCUAGUUGUUUAUCAAGCUGGUAUCCAAGCAAUGUUAGGCUUUUCAUCUUUUCAUUUAGUUCCAUAUGUUGUGGAAUAGCCAUUUGAGAGAGUCAUAAAUAACUGUCAGCUCAGUUUAAUUUUCUGCCCAUAAAUUAAAUGUCCUUUUUUUGGUACAUGUAGAUAUAUAAGAAAUAUCAAAGUAUAGGUAGUCAUUUAAAGUUCAAUAUGAUCUAUAAACACUCGGGCACCAUGAAAUCAAAAUAUCGAUUUUCUAUAAAUAUAUCUAAUUUAUAUUUUUUAAUUUCCAAUUUAAAAGGAAUAUACAGUCUGAGAAGACUGUAUAAUAGAUAUAUAAUAAUAUAUGCAGUUUUAUAAACACCAAAGAACUUUGUCCAAAAGAAACUUUUGAAUACCUAUCUAUUUAUAAGAAUCUGAAUAUUUUCAUCUUAGACUAGAAAUUUGGAUAAGUAGGAUGAAUUAAUUUUCAUAUGGGUACUAUUUUCUUAUCUAACAUAUGGCAAAUAUGUACUGUAAAUCAUAUUUUUGUCUUACUAAUUUUAAUAUGUGAGAGGUUUAGAAAUUUGUUAUAACUUAUUUGGAUAAUUCUUGUCUUCUCUUUACACAUUAUCUGGUCCAGAAUCUUCAAAAUUAAAAAUUUAUGAAUGGUGGGAAAAUAAAUGCAUAUUGGCGUUUCAAUGCAACUUUUGUACAUUAAAAAAUUUUAAGUAGAUAGGUAUAAUGAAUAUUGCAUCAUUAUUAAACUUAUCAUUUCCCUUAGAAGGCAUAUAAACAACAGGAAAAUAAAAUUAAUGUGACUGAGAGAAGAAGGCAGGGGAUGAAGAUUAAGGGGGGGUCCAGGUAGAAAGCAGGAAACUCCACAUUGAAGAGCACCAAGGUACUGGUUCCAGCUCAUACAAACCAUGUGACUUUAGACAAAUCAGCUUCUCCGAGUAUCUUUUUUUUCUCUCUCAUACAUAAAAUCAAAAUUCAAUCUCAAAUUCACAGGGUUAUGAGGAGCAAAAGGAAUAAUGUGAAAAGAAAUUGAAAGUUGAAAAGGGCUAAAUAAAGU